AUGGCGAGCAACGAGCGCGAAAUAUACAGCAUUUGUCGCUUUUGUUUGUGCCAAGAUGAAGAGUAUCUUAUUCCCAUCACCAAAAUGUUGGAUUCCACGCUUACGAUUGAAGAUGUGGAACGAUUUACCGGAAUAAAGUUUACUGUUGAUGAGGCUAUGCUGAACUCGAUGUGUUUAGAAUGUACAAACAGUCUGAAAAACUCUGUCACCUUCCGGACCAACUGUAUGAACAAUAACUCUAUCUUCUACGACCUAACCUCUGUGCUGAUUACCAAUGCAGGAAGCAUAUACGGCGAUACGGUCGAGUAUCUAGACAGUGAAUUUGAAGAGGAAGAUGAAAAGAAUUUCGACAAAAUCGAUGAAAAGCCUUUCAAAACAUUUUCUAUCGAGCCGUAUUUCAAAACCAAAAGUAGCCCGCAGACCACUUACGAAGAGGAGUACAUUCAGGACGGCCAAGAAGAUACGCUUACAAGCAAUAACGAUGAGCAGAACGAGGACGACUUCCCUUACUCUGCCAAUAGAAUCGAACCUGGUGAAUCGUUAUCCGACGAAGACAUGUUUGCUCCGAAUUUCUUUGACCAGCCCAGCUUUAAGAAAGUGAAAAAAAGCCCCAAAGAUAAGAACCUUCGGGGAAGGCGAAAGCUACACCUAUGCAACUGGUGCGGCAUAUUCGUACAUCAUAUACCAAGCCAUGUGCUAAUCCACAAAGAGGAAGCAACCUUUUCCUGCCCGUAUUGUUCCGUAAAAAUGAAGCAAAAAGGAAACUUAUCGCAACACAUACAAACUGUGCAUUUCAAAACUGUUGGCAAGACGUGCGAGAUAUGCGGCAAAGGCUUCAUUCAUCACAAAACGUAUAGGUAUCACAUGCUCACGCAUCAAGACGCCGGAAAUUCAUUCGAAUGCCAAGUCUGCUCGAAACAAUUCAAUCGUUCUAGUGGGUUGGAAGAUCAUCUUAAAAAAUUUCACAGCAUAGUAAGGAAUUUUAAAAUUGAGUUAGGAACCGCACGCCAUUUGAAAGUCGAAUCACUGAACUAAUUGGGUCGUUCAUGGUUGCCGUGGAACCAAGUAACAACGUGCUGAACUGUUUCUGUUGCACUAAUUUUUGUCCAAGUAUCAAAUGUUCCCCACGUAUGUUAUGAAAGGUGAGUGUGUAAGUAGGUUUCGUUCGUAAAUGAAUAUUUUAAUUUCAAUUCUUUUGCGAUGUUCUUUGCGUGGUCGAUUGGUAUGCCUGUGCGAACAUUUAUUCACUAAACUUAUGUUCACUACGUAGCCGCACAGCCUAUCCCUUGUAUGGCGAUGGGUGUCAAUGCAAAAGAAUCCGUUAGUUAAACCUAUAAUGAUAAUUAAACAUUAAUAAUAAAACAACGACUAGGCUUCUUA